AUGCCACCAAGAGCCCAGGAAACUCUUUGCCAAUUGCAAAGUUUAGUUUUGGCAGGUAACAGAAUUGGUUGUGAGGUAGACAAACUUGUGGAUAUCCUAGUGAGAUGCAAGAGGAUAAAGAUGUUAGAUUUAAGGUCUAAUCAGUUUAAUGGAUCUUUGCCUGCAUCCAUUGGAAAUUUGUCCUCUUUGGAGAACCUAGACCUUUCUGAAAAUCAAUUAGCUGGUUCUCUGCCUGCAUCCAUCGGAAACUUGUCAUGUUUGCAGAAGCUAGACCUUUCAUAUAAUCAAAUGAAUGAGGCCAUUCCAGUAAAUGUUGGGCAACUCUCACAUCUGGUUUACUUUCGUCUCUCUGACAAUUCUUGGGAAGGUGUUCUUUCAGAACAUCAUUUUACAAACCUCACAAGGUUAGAGGCAUUAUACAUAUCCUCUUCAUCAGGAAAAUCUCUGGUUUUUAAUGUAACACAUGAUUGGGUUCCUCCUUUCAGUCUAGAGUAUCUCCUUAUGUCUGACUUACAACUGGGCCCUCGUUUUCCUUCAUGGCUCCAUUCUCAAAACCAGCUUUUCUCCAUAUCCUUAACAAACGUUGGCAUUUCUGACGAGAUACCCACUUGGUUUUGGGAAUUAUUGUCAAAGUCUGUAGCACUUUUGGAUCUCUCCUAUAACAAAUUAACUGGAAAGGUGCCAAACUCCUUAAGCCUUGAUCUGGGAGUUAGUGUGGUUUUAAGCUUCAAUCGCUUAGAGGGUCCACUCCCACUUUGGCGAUUUAGGCCUACGCCAUUAGCCACACUAGCUCUUCGAAAUAACUUGUUCUCUGGUCCUAUACCACCCAAUAUUGGUCACAUAUCAUCGUGCUUGACAAUCUUAGAUCUUUCGUGGAACAAUUUAAGUGGCAGCAUUCCCCCAUCCAUAACUAAAACAAAACCCCUAAAUUUUCUUAUUCUUUCAAACAACCACUUAUCUGGUGAACUCCCUUGGGAUUGGAAGGAUUUAGAAGAACUAUUGGUUGUAGACUUGGCCAACAAUAGACUAACGGGUACUAUUCCUAGUUCAUUCAGUUCUUUGGCUUCACUUGAAAGGUUGAUAUUGAGUAACAAUAGCUUUAUUGGGGAGCUACCAUCCUUGAAGAAUUGUACAUCCCUAAUCAGCCUUGAUCUUGGCGAGAACAGAUUAUCUGGAAACUUGCUGACAUUGAUUGGAGAAAUCAGUGCUCCCUUGAUGUUUCUACGCCUACGGUCAAAUUCAUUCUUGGGAGAUAUUCCAAAACAACUAUGUCAUUUCUCUUAUCUUCAUUUCUUAGACCUUGCUCAUAAUAAUCUGUCAGGUCACAUUCCUAUGUGUUUUGGCAAUUUGAGUGCUUUCAUUGGUUUAAGCUCUCCUAAGACUAAGAAAAUCAACAUGGAGUAUGACCAACACAUGAUGAUAAUAGCAAAGGGAAGAGAAGAUGAAUAUAUUGAUGAUGGCGGAAUUCUUUGUUACGUAAGGAGCAUAGAUCUUUCCAGCAAUAAUCUUUCAGGGAAGAUUCCUGAUGGUAUCACAAACCUCUCAGGAUUGGGAACGUUGAAUUUAUCAAUGAACCAACUCACAGGAAAUAUCCCAGAUGAGAUUGGUAACUUGAAAUGGUUAGAAACUCUUGAUCUCUCAAGAAACCAACUUUCUGGCCAGAUUCCUCAGAGCUUAUCUUCCAUAUCUUCCCUGAAUCAUUUGGACCUUUCUUAUAACAACCUAUCAGGGAGGAUCCCAUCAGGCAACCAGCUCCAAACACUCAACGAUUCUUCCAUUUAUGCCGAUAAUCCCAAUCUUUGUGGGUUACCACUUUCAAGAAAGUGUGAGGAUGAUGACAAAUCUUCUGAGGGUCCAACGUCCUUUGUUAAUGAUGCUAAUGGAGACAAUGAUUCUUCUGAUUCUGAGAUGCAAUGGUUUUACAUAAGCAUUCUCCCAGGAUUUGUGGUAGGUUUUUGGGGAGUUUGUGGCACUCUACUUUUGAAGAAGACAUGGAGGCACGCCUAUUUCAAUCUCUUGGAUGAUAUGAAAGAUUGGGUUUUCCUAGUAAUUGCAUCGAGUGUCAUUCGCCUGAAAAGAAAAUUAAAAUUUGAAAGAGUCUAA